UGUGGCUGCAGCAUAUGUGCGCGCUGUUCCUUUGGUUGACCGCGGUGACAUUGAUCUCUCCGGCACUAUCGAACCCUUCCUUGCGACACACAACGCGUUACAGGCCUAUGCAGCAAAGGUGCUCGUGGGUCUCAUUGCGGGGACAAUUCCAUCGCAAGAUGUGGACGUGGGCAGCAGCAUUCCAGACGCAGAGACGGUGACGGCGGAAGCGCCACCCCCACUUGUGACGAACGAGCAGGACAUGGCCGUCGCGGAAAAUUGGGUUUGGUCGGUUCUUGCCAGCACGCAGCCCGUGACGCCGUCCUGUGUUAUUGAGGUAGGGCGGGUGGUGGAGGCAGUGAUGCAAGUCCGCGGCGCCUCCUCCUUGCCAUUUGUUCUGUCUUUUGUGUCGCGGUUGCAGGCGUUUGUGAAAAAUGAGAAAAAAACCUCUGAGCUCCACAUGGCGUGGGCGCAUCUUUCGUUGGCGGUACUUUCGAACUGCGGGGCUAUACUCACGCUGCCACACCUUUUGCGGUACGCGGUCCAUUUGUUUCAGCAGCGUCACCGUGGCAAUGAGUUGGCACGGCAGUUUGAAUUGCGACUGACGGAGGAAAGUGUUGGACCGCUGCAACUUGCCAGAGGCGGCAACGCGGCGGACGAACUGCUGUGCGCACAGCCGGCGAACUGUCCGCCGGUGACGGUUCUCAUCGCCUUCGACACCGUUGCAGAGAUCAUUGCUGAGGACGCCGACGCAGAGGUGUAUACUGUGUUCCGCACCCAGCGCAAGGACGAGCUGAAGGCGGUGAUAUCAAGCGCAUGUUUCAAGAUGGAUGCGGCUGACGCCAGCACACCGCCACUGACCCCUCGCGCCCGCGCACGAGCAAGGCGUCUCUUCAGCUUGGAACCCUUGGGCCCGUCACGCAGUGUGAGCGCAUCCAUCACUGUUUUAGUGGUGGACGGUGGUGCAACCGAGGCAACUGCGACAGCAGGCGAUGCUUCUGUGGCUGCAGCCUCUGUUUUUAAGCGGGAGUCUUUGAUGGAGAAGUCAAAAAAUUGCAUUGCCGACCUCCUUGCGCGUCACGGUGUUGGCGCAACAACGCAUCUUGUGCAUGCGUCUGCUCGUGCCGCGACGCUUACAACCGCGAUUGAGAAGAGGGAAAUGAUAGGGAAGACGAAGAAAAAAGAAGAGGGGGGAAAUAAUUUGAGUGCGGAUGCUGCAAAGACCAGUGCUGCGUAUUCUCAGAAUUCGUUGGGGGAGAUUGAUUCUUCGUGGAGGUCGCAUGCUAACUCCAACUUCCCGUCCUCUUUGUCCAAGUUGGACCCACCAGUAGCUAAUCAUGCAUUUUUUGCUGGCAGUGAUGACUUCUAUGUAGAAGAGAGACUUAAUGUUGAGGGCACCGAUGCUGUAAAAUCGCGUACUCAUGUCCCAGGUGCCUUUGGCACAUACAGUGACAUCCACAAAGAUGCAGGGAGAACAUGCAAUGGCCAUGCCGUGCGAGAAAAUAUUCUCGGCGCAGCAUCGGGUGGGAACCGAUCAGUAAGUAAUUAUGUUGAUUUACUCUGA